GGGACUGCAACUUGGCGUUCCACUUCCACCGAGCGCAGGAAUUUCCACGACAGCUGCAGCUGGGCGGGCUUCUAGUAGCCAGCAGGUCAUGUCAAUUCGCCGUAUGGCACGGGAGGCGCGGACGAGUGAUCACUUUCUGCCAUGAGAAGAAAACGAGCAAACUCUUCUUCCACGUCGAAAGAUACGUAAGCCUGUCUGCUCGUCAAGCGCGAACCAUUCAGCGCAAGCCACAGCCAAUCCAUCUAGCUAGAGAAAUCCCGACCGGCCUCCAUGGAAUCCGUCGCCGUCGUGGCGGUGCCGUUCCCGGCGCAGGGCCACCUGAACCAGCUCCUGCACCUGUCCCUGCAGCUCGCAGCGCGGGGGCUGCCUGUGCACUACGCGGCGCCGGCGGAGCACGUACGCCAGGCCCGCGCGCGCGUGCACGGCUGGGGCGACGACGCGAUCCGCCGCGUCGAGUUCCACGAGCUCGCCAUCUCCGAGUACGCCUCGCCGCCGCCGGACCCCGCCGCGGGGUCGCCCUUCCCGUCGCACCUCAUGCCCCUGUGGGAGGCCUUCACCGCCAGCGCGCCCGCCCCGGUCGCGGCGCUCCUCCGCGAGGCCUCCGCCUCCCACCGCCGCGUCGUGGUCCUGUACGACCUCAUGAACGGCUUCGUCGCCGAAGAGGCCGCGCGGCUGCCCAACGGCGAGGGGUACGGGCUGCACUGCACCGCCGUCUCGUCCAUCAUCGGGCGGGUGGAAGACGGGGGCAGGUUUCUGCGCGAGCGCGGGCUAGAGUACCUCCCCAUCGACCGCUACGUGACGGAGGAGUUCAUGGAGUACAUCCUCAAACGGACGAGGGCGGACCAAUCCAUGAUUGUCAGCGCCGGCUUGCUCGCCAACUCGUGCCGCGCGCUGGAGGGCGAGUUCAUCGAUUUUCUCGCCCAGCAAAUGGCAGCCAUCGGCAAGAAGGUGUUCGCCAUCGGGCCUCUAAACCCGCUGCUGGACGCGGGCGCGCCCGAGCAGAGCAGCGGAAUCCGGCACGGGUGCCUCCGAUGGCUCGACGAACAGCCGCCGGAAUCCGUGCUCUACGUGUCGUUUGGUUCCAUGUCCUCGCUGCGCGGCGAGCAAAUCGAGGAGCUCGCGGCGGCGCUGCGCGGCAGCAACCAGCGCUUCAUCUGGGUCCUCCGCGACGCCGACCGUGCCAACGUGUUCGCGGACGACGGCGAGAGCCGGCACGCCAGGCUGCUCGCCGAGUUCACCAAGCAAAUCGGUGGCAGAGGGUUGGUGAUCACCGGGUGGGCGCCGCAGCUGGAUAUCCUGGCUCACCCUGCCACGGCGGCGUUCGUGAGCCACUGCGGGUGGAACUCGACGAUGGAGAGCCUGAGCCACGGGAAGCCCAUCCUGGCGUGGCCCAUGCACUCCGACCAGCCCUGGGACGCGGAGCUCGUGUGCGGGUACCUCAAGGCCGGUUUCCUGGUCCGGCCAUGCGAGAAGCACGCCGAGGUGAUUCCGGCGGCGACCCUACAGCAGGUGAUCGAGAGGAUGAUGGCCUCCGACGAAGGGCGCGCCGUGCGGCAGCGGGCCACGGAUGUCGGCGAGGCCGUCCGCGAGUCCGUGGCUGCCGGCGGGUCACCCCAGAAGGAUCUUGAGGACUUUGUUGCUCACAUCACGAGGUGAAGAGUGAAAUGUCAAGUCUCCUGUAUUUGAAUUCCAGCUGUAUUUGCUUCUCCAAACCGAGAGGAGAGUGAUGAUCUGUGCCAGUGUAACAUAAAAGCUUGCUUUGUCAAACCAACUCGAACUCCUGGUUUCAAACAAGCAGAAUAGUGCGUCCCUCUGGAUGCUUAUCACAUACUGUUCACCAUUGCAUCUCAUCAGAAGAUAUGAGUUGGAUCCUCCUGGAUCCAAGUGAUAGCCA